AUGAAGGGCCUCAUUGUCAGCUACUUGGAGAGAAAGGAAGAGGCCUACGAGCUUGUGAAGAAGGGCCUGAAGUGCGACUUGAGAAGCCACGUCUGCUGGCACGUCUUUGGCUUGCUGCACCGGCAAGACCGCGACUACCACGAGGCGGUGAAGUGCUAUCGCCAGGCUCUGAAGUACGACACGGACAACAUCCAGAUCCUCAGAGAUCUCUCCCUGCUGCAGAUCCACCGCCGAGAUGUCACGGGCUUCGCGGAGACCAGAAGAAAACUCCUGCAGGUGAAGCCCAACAACCGGCUGAACUGGGUGGGCUAUGCCAUCGCCGAGCAUCUCUGCAAGAGCUACGAGUUCGCGUGGACCUGCAUCGACAACUACGAGAACUCCUUUAAGGAGCAGGACACCAACGUGUCGGACUAUGAGAACUCGGAGCUGCAUUUGUACAAGGCCUCCAUCAUGGAAGAAGCCGGGAAGUACGAGGAAGCUCUCGAGUGCAUGACGAAGAAUGAGGCGGAGAUCGUAGACAAGAUCGGGCUCCUGGAGUCCAAGGGCCGGAUCUGCAUGUUCCUGGGCCGCGUCUCCGAAGCCAAAGAGCACUUCUUGAGGUUGGUGCGGAUCAACCCGGAGCACCAGGUCUACGCAUUGGCCUACAUGGCGUGCCAGCCGGAGUUCGCGACCUUUUGGCCUCCGCUGCCAGCGCCGGAGUCCGAGGACCGUCCACCGAAGUCCAUGACCUCCUUCCCAUCCUCCCUGCAUCCGGCAGGCAUGCCGGUCUUCGGGUGGCUCCCACCGAAGCAUGCCCUGAAGCCUGAGCGCCGGGUGGUGAUCGGCCAGAGACAGCACAAGAGGCGGGUGGACUCUCUCGAGACGGAGGCGCCGUUGACGGAUGAGCAGCAGGAUGCAGUGAUCGAUCUGUUCGACAAGCUCCGGCAAGACUUCCCCAGAUCCGACUCUCUGAAGAGGCUGCCCUUGUACUUCCUCACUGGGGAGCGGUUCAAGAGCAAGCUGGACGAGUAUCUCCGGAACCGGCUCCGGAAAGGUGUGCCGUCUCUCUUCCGCAGCAUGCGCUCCUACUACUAUGUGCCGGGCAAGGCGGAGCUGGUCGAGGAGUUGCUGUUGCAGUAUGUGAAAUGCUUGAAGCAGGACAUCUCCUGGUUCGGCCCGCUCGGGGACCAGACUGAGCCCCCGAAGAUGGCGGAUGAAGAGUCGCCCUCAGUGCUGCUCUUUACGCUCAUGACCGUGGCCGAGCACUACAACUUCAUGGGGGAGACCACCAAGGCCUUGGAGUAUGUGAACGAGGCGAUCGAGCACACACCCACCCUGGUAGAGGUCUAUGCCUGCAAGGCUCGCAUCUACAAGCACGCCGGCGACCUCAAAGAGUCUGCGAGGUGGUACGAGGAGGUGCGAUCCAUGGACCUUGCAGACCGGUACCUGAACACCGUGUGCGUGAGGGCUCUGCUGCGGAUUGACGACACCCAGGGCGGCAUGGAGAAGGCGUUGCUCUUCUCCAAGGAGCCGGACUCGCAGGAGGUCGGGGAGUUUCUGAAUCGCGGGGCCUUUGGUUUCCGGAGCCAUCGAAGUUGGCCCCUUUCGUGA